UUAUAAAAUGCAAACACAAGAAGAGUAACAACAUCUGUAGAACCAAAGACAAUCUUCUCAAUGAAGAGCUUCUUAUUGGGUUUUACAAUACUUUCACUACAAAUUAACGUUCUCUACGGUUGCUUUGAAGAAGAGAGGUCAGCUCUCUUAGAUUUCAAAGCAUCCGUACAAGCCAUAGAAGGUGAUACUGCAGGUUUGCUUCUGCGUUCAUGGAGUAAUGAGACUAGUAGUGGUGACUGCUGCAAAUGGGAGAGAGUCACGUGUAACUCCACCACAGGUCACGUGAUCAUGCUUUUUCUCAAUGAAACAAGGCCUAAUUAUGAUGAUAUGAGUGGUUGGUCCCUUAAUAUUUCUAUCUUCCACCAUUUUAUGGAGCUGAGAAGCCUUGAUUUGUCCUUAAAUGCAAUAGCUGAAUUCAUUGGCAAUGAAGAUUCCAAGAGUUAUAAACUGAACAAGCUAGAGAAUCUGGACUUGAGCUGGAAUUAUCUUGACAAUCAAGUGCUAAAGGUUUUAGGUCAAUUCAAAGCCCUCAAAUCCUUAUACCUGCAAAAUAAUGUUAUCAGCGGUUCACUAUCCGACCAAGGUCUUUCUGCACUUAGUAACCUGAAGAUCCUUAAUCUGCAUUUCAAUGAGCUCAAUGGAACUCUGCCAAUUCAAUUUUUGGCCAAUUUCAAAAGCUUGGAGAUUUUAGAUUUGAGCUGGAAUGAAUUCACUGGCAGCAUUCCGUCAAACAUAGGGCGUCUUCUACCGUCUCUCAAGGUGUUAACUCUAUCGCGGAAUUUUCUCAAUGGCAAUUUACCAACUCCAGGUUUAUGUCAACUGCAGAAACUUAAAGAGCUUGAUCUUAGUCUGAAUUCAUUUCGGGGUGCUAUUCCUCCAUGCUUAGGAAAGCUAACUCAGUUAAAUGCAUUGAACUUGUCUCGCAAUCACUUGACAGGCUCCGUCCUGAAAACUUUAUCGAAUUUGAGUCGAGUAGAAAGCCUGGACCUUUCUUACAACAGCUUGAGCGGAGAAAUCCCUCAGGAACUGACUGUUCUGCAUUUUCUGAAGUUCUUCAGCGUCGCGUACAACAAAUUAUCGGGUAGAAUUCCGGAUAUCAAGCGACGGUUUGGAAAAUUUGAUAAGAGCAGCUAUGAAGGAAAUUCAUUGCUAUGUGGAGUGCCAUUAAAUAAGAGCUGCAAACGUUUCUCUUAGCUACCAGGAUCCAAUGAAAGAAGGACUUCAAAUCUUCAAAAUGUUAUUAGGUUUUUGUUAAAUUUUGGAACUAUUCCAAAUGAAAUUCUCCGUUUGUAAUGCAAGAUUUCAAAUUAUAGAACUAAAAUGCACACUGUAUAUUUAUGCUUGUAAUUAAUUCUAAAAUUUCAAUUCUUUUUUAA